UAAAGCCCCGAACGUCACCCUCCCUCUCCCCCUCCCCUUAGCAACAGAGGCAACAUGGCGGCGUCCAGUACCGCGGAGCAUUCUCCAGAGAUAUCGACGCCGUUAAAGAUACCCAAAACCGAGGUGCCAUCCCCCGAGUCGGAAGAUUUGAGUGACAGUAAUCAAUAUCACUCCAAUCCCUCGACACCUAACCGCUUCUCGCCUUUGAACGUGGGCUCAGGGACCGCAGGCCGGACGGCGGCCUCAUCCUCCUCCAACAGCUUCACGGCUUGCCGAGGGAUGUCGUGGACCCCUUCCGAGACAAACGCCCUCAUUGCGGUCUGGGGCAACGAGAGGCUGACGGAGGCGAGGAUGCAGCAGCUGGAGGUCGCAGGCACCGUCUUCUCCGGUAAGGCCCCCGGCCCUGCCAUGUACGAGCGGGUGUCCAGAGCCCUGUCGGAGCUGGGAUAUGAGAGGACCCCGUCCCAGUGCAGGGAGAGGAUGAAGACGCUGCGGCGCUGCUACAGCCGCGUGAAGGAGCACGGCAUCGGCAAACGGAAGAGCAGCUACACUAUAGAGCAGCUGGAGAAGGUGUUUGGUCAGGGCGGCUGGGACUCCCAGAGUUGUGCCCCGGUGCUGAUCAACAGCAGCGGGCUGUAUCAGGAGAUGGAGUCUGAUGGCAGCACCCUGGAAGACUUCUCCCAGGAGGACUGGUGCAACCAGGUGCUGGACUCAGCCUUCCAGGAGGGAGACAUGGAGACUGAAGAAACCCAGGUGCCUAAAAACCGAGGUCUACAGAUUCAAAUAGAGCUGACAGAACAAAUCCAAAAAAGGGACAUGAUGCAGACUGUGACGCGUAUCCUUGAGUCGGUGCAACUGCAAUGGGAGCCCUUCCAGACAUGGACUGAGUUCUCCCGGCUGCACCUCUCCAACAAACUGGCCAUCUUUGGCGUGGGCUACAACACGCGCUGGCGCGAGGACGUGCGCUACCACUACGCCGAAAUCAGCUCGCAGGUGCCGCUGGGCAAGAGGCUCCGCGAGUACUUCAACCCCGAGAAGCCAGAGGGCCGCAUCAUCAUGACCAAAGUUCAGAAGAUGAACUGGAAGAACGUCUACUACAAGUUUUUGGACAUUACCAUCAGUGAGGCGCGCUGCCUGGAGCUGCACAUGGAGGUGGACUGGAUCCCUGUGUCCCAGUCCAGGGCAGCCAGCGGCAGCAAGGGCACUUCCCACUACCUCCUCCCUGGGAACAUCCCCAAGGCGUACGGACUCUACGCUAUUGGCUACGAGGCAGUGUCCUCCUUUCACAACACGGCUCAGGUCUUCCAGGGGGAUGGUGAAGACCACAGCUCACCUCAGUGCUCAGAGAACGGGGAACAGAGUCCUGAUGGAGAGGGGGCAGAGAGAUGUGACAGGACUGGGGCUAAAGUCACGUACUGCUACCUAGGCAUAGCGGAGGACAGGACCAUACAGCAGGGUCUCUUCCAGCACUUUCAGGGCUACGGCAAACACCACGUCCACCACGGGGUACCCUCGGCCAUCACGCGUUUCCUGCAGGAGAACUGCCAUGGCGACGUCACACAUGUCCAGAAUGGGGAGGGAGGUGAGGACUCAUCUCAACGAUUUGCUAUUUACAUAAAAUACAUUGAGGUGGAGCUGGACUUCCUCUCAGCAGGCUCCCUGUUGGAGUGCCUCGAAACUGCUGCAGGUUAUUCCUUGAAACAACAACAAGAAGCGUCGUAACUACACUCACAGCGU